UGACAGGAGCCGUUCCUGAAGGCAACCUCGCAGCAAGCCAGAGACAGAGACAUGCUGGAGGAUAAGGAUAAUUUAUAAGAAAGUCCGCCAUGCAUUUCUUCGCUCUCACCGCGACGCUUCUGCUCCCCCUGGCUUCUCAGGCCAUCGAUAUCAUCUCCUCUAAUGAUGACGGAUGGGCAGAGGUCAACAUUCGCUCGCUGUACAGCGCUCUGACCGCCGCUGGUCACUCCGUGGUGAUUUCUGCCCCAGCCGAAAACGAAAGCGGUACCGGCUCAAGCACUCGUACUCCCACCGUCUUGACCGAGGCGUGCGAGUUUGACAGCUGCCCCGUGGGCAGCCCCGCGUAUGGCUAUAACGCCUCACAGCCGCGCUUCAACUACGUCAACUCGUACCCGGCCACCUCGAUCCAGUACGGCAUCCAGAAUCUGUCGACCAAGUUCUUCGACGGCGUGCCCGACCUCGCCGUGACGGGCCCUAACGUGGGCAACAACCUGGCUCUGACCGUGCUCUUCUCCGGCACGGUUGGUGCCGCCGUCUCAGCCGUAGAGAGUGGUAUUCCUGCGAUUGCAUUCUCGGGAGAUACGGGCUCGCAGACCGCGUGGAAUGUGUCGCCUACACCACUGUACAGCCAGGUGUACGCGGAGCUCGCGACCACCCUGACAGACCAUCUAAUCGCAUCGGGGGCACCUCCUUACCUGCCGCCCGACAUCUGGCUGAACGUCAACUUCCCGGCCGUCAGCAACGACAGCUGCAACAGCGCCGACCAGUUCAGCUUCGUGCUUUCGCGCAUCUACACGGCCGUUCCCCUGAUCUCGGGUGCCGAUGUGGAGACAUGCGGCAGCACACGCCUGCCGACGGAGACUGCGGUCGUCGACACCGCUGGUUGUUACGUGGCUGUCUCGGUGGGCAACACUGACAAGCGGGAUGGGAAUGCCACCCAGCAGGCUGUGGUGUUGGACAAGCUGAGCGACCUGCUAGUGUGCCUGCCAUAGCAGUAAAUCUACCCUACCUGAUUAGUGCGUGGUAGUAGUAUAGUACAUAAUAUAUAUAGCAUAUAGUGCAUAUAAAAUUAGAUAUUCCUUAACAACAUCUCAAAUUGGCUAGGGUCGGUUAUGAGCCAUAGAACGCAUGAUUUUAGAAGAAAGCGGUCAGCUCACAUUCUGCAAUAGAACGGCAAGAACAGUCAUGGAAAGGAAAAGAAACUCUUCAAAAUUCUCUGGAAUACAGUUUUCCGAUAUAAAUAUCUUGUUGGACCAGUAUAAAGCUAC